AAUUACAGGUUGGAAACCAGAAUAUUUCAAAGGGGAGGUGAAAAGGUUGGAGCAGAGUGACUGCUACAUAAUGAAGUGUCCAGUGAUCACGUCCAGGCUGGACCAAGAGAGUGUCCACUGCCAGUCCACAUUCAUUCAGCUAAUGGGCUCAGAGGCCUGGGGUGUCAUCCCAGCCAGAGAUGGAGGUCUCGUUCACAUCCCAAAGCAGAGACUGGAUCUGGUCAAAAGAGGUUCCUACUUGGAGGAAAGCCUGAGCCUAAAAUUCCGAGUCCACCAGUUCCUUACCUUCACAGUGACCAAAAACAGGGACUUUGCGUUGGUCGGCGUCCUGGCGGCUGGAGCGCUCCAGGUCCAGCAAUGCCAGGAGGCCCAAGGAGCUCUGGGGACGCAGGCUUUCUAUAGGGUGGUCCUGAGCCUGGGGUUUGCUGAGGCGGCCGCCCCCAUCCUCUGGACGGUGGAGAGCUCCUUCCACUGUGUGGGUGAGAGUCACGGAGCCCCUCCAGGAGGAAUACCAUCUGCUGCCUUUUCCCAGUUCCAAACUGCAGGACCAGCUGCUUCCGACCGUUCCCCAGAGAAAGCGGGGCUCCCCGAGAGCUCCCACCUGAGCACAGCCCAGCUGUCCUGCCGGGCUCACAGCCACGCAGGGCCUUGGGACCCGGCACAAGGAGAGGAUCAGCUCCCCCAGGGAAAGUGGGGUGACCUGGACCCCCUGCUUUCAGCUUCUCAGGCCAUCUGUUACCCUAACUGGCAGUCUAGGCCUGAGCAGAGCCCCGCCUAGCUACCAGGAAGUCCCCUCCUGCUGGAAGUGUCACAGGGGCACGUGGCUGCCUACUAGCCCAUGCGGGGACCCUGGCAGGCCAGCAAGGAGGUCCAGCCAUUGGCAGAGCCCUUGAUGACCAGCCUGGCUGAAGAGGUGUUGUGUUCCUGCCGCUCGCCUGGAGAGCCCCAGGAAACAUCCUCCAGAAUGGAAGCUGGGGGGCCACCCAGGGAGGCCAGAGGGCACCCGGACCUCUCAUUCCCAGAACCAAGUCAGGACCUGGAGUGGACUCACCCUCCUUCUGGGGAUGGAUGCCACAGCACUGCCCCAAUGGUGAAUACUUCCAAGGUGUGGUGGCAGCAGCCAGGCCCCAGUGCCCGUCUGAGGGCCUCAGGACCAGAGCGCAAGGGGAGGCACAAGGAGGGCCCAGCAGGCCUGGCCAAGCCUAGAGACCCUUUCACUGCUGGCCAGGGUAGCCCCCAGCAGGAGCCAGCAGAGCCCACAUUGGCAACCAGCCCUGAAAGGUACAGGCCUCCUGAGCUUCAGAACAUCGUGGAGGGGCUUCUGAGAGACCCCCUUGCUGGGAUGUGGAUGCCAGGGUUCCCGGGCUCCCUGGCCCAGAAGCCCAGCUGUGGCCUGAGCUAG